UCACUCUUAUUCUUUUACUUGCUUUUUCAUCACUUGCAUCUUCUUCAGAUGGAACAAGGAGAUCAAAGGGAACUGCAAUUACUUCCUUCACCAUCUUCAACAUGUUUUACUUCUCGCACCGCAGGAACCUCUCGAAAAUCUCGUCCAAUGGUUGAUACCUAUGAUGGACCUUCGUCACUUGACUUGCAAUUAUCCAUCAGUCUUAGACCAUUUAGACCACCACCACCUCCACUACCACCAUCACCUUCUAGAUUUCGUCACCCAAGAACUAGCGUACCUGAUCAUCACCACCAUCACCAUGGUCAUAUGAAGCUCGACUUUAGCUCAUCCAUUGAAGUUUUGAAGUGGCAAGCUGCAGAGCAAAUUCGAUUAGCUGCAGUUGAAAAGGCUUAUGCAGAGAGAAUAAAGGAACUGACGAGGAGAGAGAUGGAGAUGGCACAGUCGGACUUUGCACGAGCAAGACAAAUGUGGGAGAGAGCUCGUCAAGAGGUUGAAAAAGCUGAGAGAAUGAAGGAGAGAGCAGCCCGUCAUAUUGAUUCUACGUGCAUGGAGAUCACCUGUCAGAUUUGCAGGCAACGAUUUCGACCUUAGAAUAAAAAUGCACACUCUUGACUCUGGAUUUGGCUGUGUGGAAGACUUGAUUUUGGCAAAUGACUUUACCCAUUUCAUUUGAUCAACUUUCUGAUGAACUGCUAUCCACAGCUUCUCUCCCCAGCAGAACCAACUCAAGACCAGAGUAACCAAGUCUGCAGAUUAGCAUUUGAUAUCCUGCAUCUUUAAAAAAUAGGGAGAAAGAAAAUGAAAUGGAAGCUGGUGACAAAAGAAUAACAUGGCAGGAGAACAUUAUAAUUUCAGCGUUCACAGUUGCUAUCUCAGACGAUGAGUAAUAAAAUAGUGACACUUUUUUCCCUCUCAUUUCCCCUGAUUAAGGGAAACAUAUUGUGAUUUAGUUCAAAAUUGUAUUUUUCAAAAAAUUUUGAUAAGAAUUACAUUAGUACACUUGUCUAA